AUGGCUGCUUCCGUAUCGGCAGCAGAGACAGCGCCGUACACCAUCGACGGUGCCGGCGCUGGUCCCAGUCGACCGCCCGUUGACUUUUCCGCGGCACUGUCCAUCUGGCGAGACAUCAACUUCAUCGAUCUUCAGCAACAACUCAAUGGCACUGCUCCCGAACUGCUCGAAGCCCAGAAGGCAGCCGUCUCCAACCGCAAGAAGCUUGCCGAUCAAACAAGAGAGUUCAAGAAGCAGCCCGACUCGAACAAGCUCGAAAGCUUCAAGCCUCUUCUCAAGGCGUACCAAGCAGAGAUCGAUACGCUCACCAAGCGAUCUAAAGCGGCCGAGAACGCCUUUCUCAAUGUUCAUUCUGCUUUGACACGCGCACCCGAUCCGUAUCCGCUUCUCGAGGUCACCCUGGAGCAAGCUGCCUCGCUCAACGAUCUCGACAGCCUCAAACACGAGAACGCAAAGCUCAAACACGAUCUCUCGGUUCGCGCGGCCGAGGCAGACGCCAUCAAGGCUGCCGAAGAGGAGAAUGCUCGACUGCAGCAACGAAUGCGCUCGCUCGAGCAAGAUUUUGAAGCUAAGCUGCAGCAACGCACGUCGGCUCUGGAACUCGAGCUCUCUGCAAAGUGGGAUGAGAGGAUACGCAACCUCAAGGAGCGGGAAGCUGACCUCACAAAGUCACUCAACUUGGCUCAAGAGCAACUCAAGGACCUCAAGUCACGAGACGAUACGGCCACGGCCAAGCUGCUCGAAAAGGGUCACGACGGCGGCGACGACGAUGCCACCAACGCCAAUGGCAACUUUGCCGAAGUUGAGCUGCUGUCGCGAGACCUCGAACGAGCUCAUGCCAGAGUCGAAAGCGUCGAAAGGCGCAACGAGCAGCUACGCGCCGAGAUCGAGAGCGUCAAGAGCGGCCGACACGAGAGCGACAAGCUGCAAAAGCUCGAACAAGAGGCGCAGGAGAAGGACCGCAAGUUGCAGCAGCUUCAAACCUUGCUCGACUCCGAACGUCAGCAGUCGGUCGAUUUGACCAAGCGCAUCUCUUCCGCACGCGACGAGAAGCUCAAGCUGCAAACCGAAAAGGACGCAGAGAUUGAAUCGCUCCGCACCAAGCUGCACCAGCGCAGCGAUUAUGCCGACAUCAAGCGCGAGCUCGAAAUCGUCAAGGCAGUUCAUUUCAACUCGGAAGACGAUGAGGACGCGGAUUCGUCGGCUGGCCCAGCUGCCAACGGAGAGGGAGAGCAAGACUCAAGCAAGCGAUCUGCCGACGCCAAGAGCCUCGAAGCAUUGCUGCUCGAAAAGAACAAACGACUCGAGGAUCAUCUGGCUACGCUGCGUGUCUCGAACGCCGAGCUCUCGGCUUCGCUCGACAAGACCACCGCCGAACUCACACAGCUCAGACAGGACUACUCGCACCUCAAGUUGCUGAACGAGAAGCUCGAGAGCGACCUCGCCUCCGUUGGCCCCGAUGGCCGACCUAGUGGCAGCACCAGCAGCGGUAAACGCACAGCUGCCAUGAGUGCCGAGGAUGCUCUCAGGGAGAUGGAAUCGCUCGAAGCCGAAGUCUCUCAAGCCAGCCACGGUGCCAAAGCGCGCGGCGGCGGCCUACCGGCAUCUGCGAACAACGACGGAGCCAACGGAUCCUCAACAGUCACCCCGGCAAGGUCUGUCCCAGCCUCGGCGUCUGCGCGACCUUCCAUCAGCAGCGGCGGUGGCGGUGAAAGCAGCAUCCUCCCCAUCGUCACAUCUCAGCGCGAUCGCUUCCGCACGCGCAACGCCGAGCUCGAGGAGGAACUGCGCAAGCAGUUUGAAACCAUCAGUGAGCUACGGACCGAGAUCAAGACGCUGCAGGCCGACAAUCUGAGUCUGUACGAAAAGGUGCGCUAUCUGCAGAGCUACGGACCUGCCGGCAGCAGUAGUGGCGGCGGCGCUGGUGGUGGUGGAGCGGUAGGCGCAAGAGGAGACUCGAUUAUUCAGAUCGGCGUCGGCAGCGCAGCAGGUCGUACAGACGCUUCGGGAGCCUAUCCACCGCCGCGCGGCGACGACAAGUACCGCGCCAAGUACGAAGAGUCGAUGAACCCGUUCGAAGCGUUCCGGGGCCGGGAACAGUCGCGCGCCAUGGCGCAGCUCAAUCCGCUCGAACGCGCCUUGCACAUCCUCACACGCUUGGUGCUCAGCCAUCGUCGCAUGCGUUUGUUCUUCAUGGUCUACGCUAUCUUCUUGCACUUCCUCAUCUUUGGCAUGCUCUUUGAGGUCUCGCAUACGUCUUCGUCACAGACAUGCUCUCUGCCGCAAUAA